CCCAGAGAUUGUUCCGAUAGACUACUGACUGGAGCAGCAGGACACCACCGGACGACCCGAUGACGACGACGGUCGGGUGGCCACACGAGACCACCGAAGGCUCCGGCUCCGGAGCUCCCCCGAAAAAAAAACAACACAUUCACACACACCUCCGAGGGUUGACGCAGUUUGAAAUCUAGAGCAUAAUUUAGUUAGCAUAGAACCGCUCGAUGCAAUGAAUUUUCGCUCCAGCGGCCCGGUCGAACGUCGCCGCUGAACGACACGUUGACGAGACACGCUGACCAGCCGGGACGACCCGUGUCUCUGCCGGAACGAGCGCGCGUGAGUGUGUGUCCCGUGGUGUGUGGUUAAGGUCUCUCCGGGGUACCCCAGGACUUGUGACAAUCGAUUCUUCCUGUUCUCCGACGGCCCCCUGGUUGUCGCUAGUGGAAGUUGACUCUGUGUGGUGACCAUAACUUGAUGACUUCAAAAGGUUUACGGUCGGGACUUUCCUUGUAAUCGGGCCCUCUGAUUCACCACUACAACCCGGUGCCGGUGAAGCCAGUGCAAAAAAGUCCCUCGAGUGCAUUCUGGAUGCAGUAUAAUUAAUUAUUAAGCGUCCUUUGUGUGCUGGUGUUCUCCGCUCUCCCGGAACCCUCGUCUGCCGGCGAGUAGGUCCGGUCUCUGUGUGUGCCGUGCAUCAGUGUGAGUAGUUCUUAAGGGGGCUGACCUCCCCCUACUAUGCUCUCAGCCCCUAACCAAGAAAUGUUCCGACAAGAACCCCAACAACCGGUCCCGGCAGUGCUCCUUUAAGUAAACGUAAACGACCAGAGACCACAUGUGCCGUGCGUGAACACACACACAUUGACACAUGCAUGUACGCCUCGUGUGAAGUUGUGUAUGUGUGGUGGGCAAACGGCGUGUUUAUCGCGACUCCUAUGUGUGUGUAUGUGUGUGUGUGAGAGAAAGAGGGAAGGUGGUGUGGUGGAGCUAAUUGCUGUACCCACGCAACGACAACCCCAAUAAAGCCCCAAACCCCCUUCUAUCCUAACCUAACUUUCAACGAAGGUAGCAUAGGCUGUUGUUAGUAUGAGGAUGGAAGGAGGAUGGUAAUGGCGACAACGACAACAACAAUAACAACGACGACGACGGCGACGCGUCCCUUCAACCAAAUCGAUUGUUGUCCUGGUUCAUUAUGCUGAUUGUCUUAUAGGAAGAGAAGAAGAUUGAUCGGAAGUAGGAAGUAACGGAAGAAAGGAGAGAUAAAGUGAGAGAUGCACAUCAAUCUGGCUACUGGCCACAACUAGUGUGUCCGUGUGGGAGUGUGUCUGGUAGUGGGGAAUGCUUUGUGAUUUGAUACAACAUACUUGAGCUUGUGUGCUAAGGGGAUGAGAAAUUGCUAAUUUGAUUGUCGUGUGGCAGUGGGAAGCGGAAGCGGUUUCGUCGCUCCGGUAAAAUAUUGUGCUGAAUUGAAUCUAUGCAGAGUGUGGAGCGGAAGCAGUGCCCUGGAGGAGUGAUUAAAAGAAGAACUCCAAUAUAUCAAAACUAUAUCAUGCUUGCAAACGUGUAUUAAAAGUGCCCAAAUAUCGUAACAUCACAAUCACACACUCGCAAUUUCACCGGAAACUUGCCAUCCGUCGAAUCGAAAACAUUUGCCAUCUAACCCGGUCCAAUUAGUAACGUGAAACGGCCGGCAUUGGCCGUCGUCGUCAAUACUUCGCCGAACUUUGUCCGAGCCACCCCGUUUUGGCCACGUUAAAUGAUUAACCGGAAAGUGAUCCGAUAGGCAGCGGCAGGAGGCCAAUCAAUGGAAUCGAACACCUCAAUCAGCUUCCUGGAGAGUUGUCAGCCGUUUGGGCCGGGGGAAAAGUUUUGCGGCAGUCACCAGAGUUGGAGCCAUCGGAGACGACGGCGCCGGAAGUGGAUGUCGCUCCAACUGCUGCUGUCCCACUGCUGUGCCGUUCCGUUUCAGUGUUUCUAUCUCUUCCUGCUGGUGCGGAUAGCGGUGGAUGCUGCCAAAAGUGGCGCGAGCCAAUGGUCCGGUGCAGGGGGUGAAAAAGUGCCACAACGGUUCGCCAUGGAGCCCCAGGAUCAGACGGCCGUGGUCGGUUCACGAGUUUCACUGCCCUGCCGGGUGAUGAACAAAUCAGGCCAACUGCAGUGGACGAAGGAUGACUUUGGGCUGGGAACGCACCGAAAUCUGAGCGGAUUCGAGCGGUACUCGAUGGUGGGCAGCGACGAGGAAGGCGAUUUUUCCCUGGACAUUUUCCCUGUGAUGCUGGACGACGACGCCAAGUAUCAGUGCCAGGUUGGCCCAGGAGAUACAGGUACCCCGGGCAUUCGGUCACGGUUUGCCUCGCUGAUGGUGCUGGUGCCACCGGAGCCCCCGAAGAUCGUCCAGGGUGACUUCAUGGUCACGACCGAGGACCGGGAGAUUGAGCUAGAGUGCGUGUCCAGCGGAGGACGACCCGCUGCCGAGAUAACUUGGAUCGACGGGUUGGGCAACGUGCUCACGGACGGUAUUGAGUACAUGAAGGAGGCACUUCCGGACGCCCGCCGGUUUACUGCCAAAUCGAUCCUCAAGUUGAUUCCCAAAAAAGAGCACCACAACACGACGUUCACCUGCCAGGCUCAGAACACCGCCGACAGGACGUACCGGUCGGUGAAGCUGAAACUGGAGGUUAAGUACGCGCCCAAGGUCGACAUCGAGGUGCUUGGUGGGGAGACCUCAGGCGGGAAGAUCCUGGAGGGAAGCGACGUUCGGUUGCACUGUCAUGCCGACGCGAACCCACCGGAUGUCACCUUUCGGUGGUACGUCGGCAAGGAAAUGGUCCUGGGGGAUUAUUCGACGGAAUUGGUUAUUCUGAACAUUUCCAAAAAGUAUCAUGACGUGAUUGUGAAAUGUGAAGCUCGGAAUGCCGUCGGUAAGAGUGAAGAAAGCGAAACGCUAGACAUCAGCUAUGGACCGAUUUUUCGAACGCUCCCAGCUUCCGUGGAAGCCGACCUGGACGCGGUGGUGAGUCUGUCGUGCGACAUUGACGGCAAUCCCACGCCGGACAUUGUUUGGGUCCACGAGGAAUCGGGUCGUGUCAUGUCCACUUUGGCGAAUCUGACACUGACGGUAACCCACGCGACCACGGGCCGGUACUUUUGCCAGGGUUCGGUUCUAGGUUUUCCCGAAGUCGAAGCCGAGGCCAGCGUCUUUCUCAAGGGACCGCCCAGCAUCGGUUCACCGCGGCAGCAGUUUGGUACGGUUGGCGACACCGGUCAGCUCGAGUGUGAAGCAUUUUCUGUUCCAGUGGCAAAGCACAUCAUCUGGGUGCACAACGGAAGGGAAAUUAAUACCAGCAGUCCGGAGUAUUCCGAGUUGUUCAGCAUCGUCGAGAGCCGGAGCCAGAGCCAGGGCACGGAAUGUGUCAAGUCGACGCUAAUCAUCCACGAUAGCCGGCGGGAGCACUUUGGUAGCUACAAUUGCACCGUCGUCAACGAGUAUGGUGUCGAUUCGGUGGAAAUUGAUUUCGUCUCAAAAGCAGAAAAUAUUUUAUUACCCGUCGUCAUUUUCGGCUCCCUCGGCGGACUGACACUUUUAAUCAUCGUCAUCGUGGUGGCCAUGUGCUUCUGGGGCCGAACCAACAAGAAGAAGCUUCCGCCGGCCGACGUGAUACCAAAGCAGCACAUUUCCGACAAGGAUUGCAAAGAACUGGACCGUCGGCGAACGUCGAACGUCAGUGACCUGAAAAUAGAUCGCGAUAAUGAAUUUAUGGAAACCAGCCUUGGACCGGACGGGAUGACCACUCAAGUCAACGUAACCCUCGGCACGACAACGAUUGCCAACCACCACAUCUCCACCAAGCUGGACGGCACUCCGGAACUUCCGGGGACCACGGGGAGUGCGAUGAAAAUUUCCAACGAUUAUCGGUAUUCGGGAGAUUUCACCGACAGCUUCUGCCAGCUGCCAGCGGCCGUCAACAACACCAAAAAUAGCAACGGUUACGUGCCAUACGUGGAUUACUCCCGCGAUUACAGCCCACCGGCGACCGCCCAUCUGAUGCAGCAGUUCAGGACGAGCACCAGCAGCAGCAACAUCAACAACUCCUCGGCUGGGAUUGGCGGCCAUCAUCAAAACCACAUCAGCGCCAUGACCUUGGGCCGCCACCAUCGGAAGGCCUCAGAACUUCGACAAGACAAUGGGCUGCCCAGCAUCCAGGGCAGUUUGAGCUCGCUGCCGAAUGGAAUCCCCAAACAACCCCUGCUCCAGGGCCACCUAACCAUCGACCACCGUUACGGCGGCGGCACCACCUACAGCAACUCGACAUUCCUGCGGGGCCUGACCGCGGCGUCCUCGAGCCUUCCACCUCCGGCCACUGCUAACCCGGCGGCCACCCCAGCACCUCCACCGUACAUUGCCGCCACUCGGUCUUCGCUGGCCGCUGCGUUUGGACCUUCAGCGGGCACCGGUUCAACGACCAUCGGUUCCGGGUCUAGCCCGGGCACGACGACCGCAGCCGGUUCCACCAGCCCCAGCUCGAUCCAGUCGGGUUCCCUGUCGUUGUCCCACAGUUCACAGCACUCCCAGCAACAACAACAGCAGCUCCCUUCCGCAGGACCAACUUCCGGUAGCAUAGGUAGCAACAACAGUGGUUCCCAGCAGCAGCAGCAGCAGCAGCCGGGCAGUCCAUCGGCCGGUCAGUUUAUUCUGCCCACCAGUGGGUCUUUCAAACAGCAGGGAGCACUGGCCACGCACGUGUAAAUUAAUGAGCCGGCGGGGUUCCCUCCACGUGAGUGAUGGCUGGCAGUGAGGAGGUUCUGUUGUGAUGCAUUUUCUAGUUUGUGUGCAAAAUCAAAUAUAUGCGCAGCGGGUGGUUCUAGCAAUCACAUCUAGCCAAUUAGCCGAUUCGAUUGAGGUUUGCCCACACAUCCCUCUUUGUUCGUUUGAAGUGCAAAUGCGGUUAAUUUACUGCACGUGUUACAUCAUGAAUGGUUGGUGAAUGUGUUUAUGCACGGAAUAGUUUGUUGGAUUGCAACAAAUAGUUUGUAUCAUGAUAGCUUAUAUGACCAAACUAUGAAGCAUCUGCUUCGUUAACGGUAGAUCAAGAGUUCAAUCCCAGGUCGGACCGUCCUCAACUGAGGAUCGCUUCUCUUUCUGGAUUCGAUUGCUUAGACAAGGAAAGGUUGUAUAUAUGAAAAGCAUUGUAAUUUAAGUUCCGGAAAACGUUUAAAAUCUUCAAAUUGCUCCCAUUUUCGUAAAACAUAAUGGAUUCUAAUUCUCUGUUUGAAAAGUUUUGUGGUUUCACCUUUUCUCAUUUGUUUCGAAAGUAUAAAUAAAAAUCUUUAAUUUUUAAGAUCCAAUUUUUUUUUGCGGUUGCUCGAGCACCCAUACUCUCCUAACGUCAAAAAUUACGAAAUUUGUAACAAACUUUGAACACCGUCAAUUUGGCCCUGUUACAAAACGACAUUUUUUGGUCUUGACUUCAAUAGUUUCAAAACUCUCAUCAUGUAAUUUCAUAUAGCACCCAAUGUUGACAUUUGAGCACUUUGGUGUUCAAUGAGAGUCUCUCAGCAUCGCGUCUUCAAAUGAAAUUACGUAAUAAACAGUUAAAUGUGAGCAAGAAAGUCUCCUUCUCAUGUUUUGCAAAUUGGAUGAAAAAAGGAACAAGUCUUGAACCAUCUAAUCAUACGAAUUUUCCCUAAAACACUUGAACAUGCUUAAGGUUAGAGUACCUCGCUAGAUACGUGGGUAGUACGGGUUCAAAUCCCUUCUGUGAUCUGGGAUUCCUUUUUUUUUAUUCUGAAUCACUUUCUACUAAGGGACCAUCCAUAAACCACGUGGGCACUUUUUUGGGAAUCUGUACCCCUCCCCUCGUGGGCAAUUGUCCAUACACAAAAAAAAACUUUUUUGGAUGGAUCGUGGACAAUCGCCAUACCCCCCCCCCCCCCUAAGCUGUGAACGUGGUUUAUGAAUGGUCCCCUACCAGUUAUCGUUCUACUUCGAAUAUCGUUCCUUAGAACUAAAAAAAUGCUAAAUCUUCUUUACCGUCCUACUUCGAUAUUCGUAAAAUUUUUCGCAACAAGUUGCAAUAAGAAGAUUAAACCAACAAGGAUGGAAAUAAGCAUUUUGAAGUAUAUUUCUACUGCGAAAUUAGCUCCGGAACUCCAGUUUGAAAAAAUAUAUCCGCAGAAAAUGGGAAUUAAAGGGUCUUCCGAUUAAAAAAUUACUCGACAAAAUUUACUGCCUUACCCAAAUCGUAUUAGAUAGAAGUUCAAAUGUCUUAUACAAGCUCCAGGUCGAAUCGAGUUGAUAUCUUUUUAUACACUUUUUGGUACUUACUAACUCUCUUUUAAAUUGAUUCUUGAGAUUCACCUUUGAGUUUUGAAAUUUUAUUGAUUUUUACCUAAGUUACAGAUAUUUUAAUACAUUUUGCGUUUUUAAACCUUCAAUCUUUGUGUCCCGAUUAGCCGCACUUUCCAUUGACAUAUAGUGAAACCCCUGAAAUUUGGUUACAAAACUUAUUUUUUUCAGCACAUGUCAUCCAACGCGGUGAACCACGUUGGAAAAAUGUACGACUCAUGCAGAAAAAAUCUUCUUUAACUACUUGUUGCAUAAACUUUUAUUUAUUGGUUUAAAGUUUGAUUAUGGUUGAAAGAAAAAAAACUAAACUUCCUUUUUGAGACGUGGUAUGCUCAAGCAGGAUUGGGCGAAUUGUAUCAAACGUGUUAGUAUGAGAAAAUACGAAAGAAUUGGUAAAGUCAUCGUUUGUGAUUUGUUGAACAAAAAAUAAUAAAAAAUAAUAAGCAUACCGAGAAUUUCCCAAAUUUUUAAGUAAACCGAAAAAAUGAAUGAAUGCUCUUUUUAUCACCCACAGAAACGAUAAAGGUACGCAAAAAUAAUCCCCAUUUUUCCGACAUUCAUAUAAUUAUAGCCUGUUUUUUGGGCAAUGGCUUCCAUGAACACAUACAAACACACAAUGGUCGAUUACUUCCAAACCAAUUGAGCAGUUCUCUAGGAUUUCGGUCAUUCGAUUUUUUUUUUGUAUUUUUUAAUCCGACUGAAACUUUUUUGGUGCCUUCGGUAUGCCCAAAGAAGCCAUUUUGCAUCAUUAGUUUGUCC